AAUCGAGUGGUACUACUGGGCGCCGACAGUAUAGCGCCGGUGAGCUAUCGGGUGCCCCGCAAGUCGUACAGAGAGUUCCAUUCGGAUCUGUUCCCCGAGACUAAGAGUCCCGACUCUAACAUCAGUCUAACUGAUUGGCUACAGAAGAAUGACAAUAAGAUACCGACCAUUAGUCUGAAUCCCGGUAUCAAUAACCACGAAAAGUUGGUCCGUUUGGGCAAAACGCUGGGCACAGACAUUAAGGUAGAAGCCAGUGAUGAAGAAGUGGAACAAUUCCUCGAAGUUUGCCAAAAGGAUGGCAUUGAUGUCGACGCCAGCCUUAAGAAUAUCAUUGAAAACUCCCGAAGCAAUGAAAUGGACUUUAAUUCAAAUCAAACGAAUCGUAACAAUAAUAACAGUAAUACGAGUAGUAAUGGAGUGUCGGUUCCCAGCCCUCGACCACCACCGCAACCACAGCGCAGAGGAUUUACGAUCCGGACCACGAAGUUUCGACACUUGAAGGGCACGAUAGCGGGUCGGGAGACACACAUCACAAACUUCAACGGCUUGAGUAAAACCAUUCCCGGAGAGUGCGAUGCAUUCAAAGCCAACUCCAAGUUCGCGGCCGUUCCCAUCGGUCCCACGUGUAACCAAUUGGCUGUACUCAACGUCGGCAAAGGGCAGCGACUCCCAGGAGGUGUUAUCCCG